GGGCGGCGGCGGUGGUGGCGGCGGCUCCUGGCGCCUGGGACCAGCCCAGUCCGAGCUCGUGCGCCGUCCUCCGCGGUGCAGCCCUGCCCAGCCGGGCCGUGCGGCCCCUGCAGCCGCCGCUCGCCGUGACCUUGGCCUCGGGCCAGGCCCGGGGAGCAGGGUGGGCUCCUGGGGGUCGCGGGGCAGCAGCGGACCGCCCCGCCCAGUGCCCCUGGUGAUCGCGGGUGUCCGUUCGCAGGGCGCCUUUCCCAAGCACCCGGUGACGGCCGCUCAUCCCCACUCUGCAGAUGGGAAACUGAGGCCCGGAGGUCCCGCCGCUCGGGAGCGUGGAGCCGCCGGACCCCAGCGCCGCACCGCCGGGCAGACGCUCUUUGUGCCGAGCUCCCGGCGAUCGGGUCCGCUCCCCCGGGGCUGGUAACAGAGGGGCAGAGGAUGCUUCCCCCGAGCCACUGGUCCCAGGUGUGACACCUUCAGCAGGUCUCAGGGAAGAUGGCAGCCCUAGGGGACGUUCAGAAGUCCCCUUCUGCCCCGUCCCCUGUCAGUCUCUCAUCACCGGGGACACCUGGAGCCCAGCACCACGAGCCUCAGCUUCACCUCCAUGGGCAUCAACAUGGCUCGCCGAGCUCCAGCCCUGAGGUGUCCCAGCCAUCUGACCUGGAUCUCCAGAACAUAGAGGAGGUGGAGGUCGGCAGAGACACCUUCUGGCCCGACUCCGAGCCCGAGCCCGAGCAGGCUCCACGCUCUCCCGGCUCUCAGGCCCCUGACGAGGGGGCGGGCGGGGCGCUGCGCAGCCUCCUGAGGAGCCGUCCCCGCAGGGCCCGGUGCGGCGCUGGCUUCGGGCCCGAGUCCAGCGCGGAGCGGCCGGCAGGCCAGCCUCCUGGGGCCGUUCCCUGCACCCAGCCGCGGGGCGCCUGGCGCGUGACGCUCGUGCCGCAAGCAGCGGCUGGGCCCGAGGGCGCUCCCGAGCGAGCCGCCGAGCUGGGAGUCAACUUCGGUCGGAGCCGGCAGGGCAGCGCGCGGGGGGCCAAGCCGCACAGGUGCGAGUCCUGCGGCAAGGGCUUCAAGUACAACUCGCUGCUGCUGAAGCACCAGCGCAUCCACACGGGCGAGAAGCCCUACGCCUGUCACGAGUGCGGCAAGCGCUUCCGCGGCUGGUCGGGCUUCAUCCAGCACCACCGCAUCCACACGGGCGAGAAGCCCUACGAGUGCGGCCAGUGCGGCCGCGCCUUCAGCCACAGCUCGCACUUCACGCAGCACCUGCGCAUCCACAACGGCGAGAAGCCCUACAAGUGCGGCGAGUGCGGCCAGGCCUUCAGCCAGAGCUCCAACCUGGUGCGCCACCAGCGGCUGCACACGGGCGAGAAGCCCUACGCCUGCAGCCAGUGCGGCAAGGCCUUCAUCUGGAGCUCCGUGCUCAUCGAGCACCAGCGCAUCCACACGGGCGAGAAGCCCUACGAGUGCGCCGACUGCGGCAAGGCCUUCCGCGGCCGCUCGCACUUCUUUCGGCACCUGCGGACCCACACAGGCGAGAAGCCCUUCGCGUGCGGCGCCUGCGGCAAGGCCUUCGGCCAGAGCUCCCAGCUCAUCCAGCACCAGCGGGUGCACUACCGCGAGUAGCCCGGCGGGGGCUCGGGGCGAGGCCUCCUGCCUGCGCCCACGGCGGGCAUUGCCCAGCACCGCAUGCCAUGUGUCCGGAAUAAAUGCUUUUUGAUUGUUCGAA